UGCUCCAGUUGAGGUCAAUUAAUAGGUAGUUUAUUAAGUCAUAUAACUGUAGCUUCAAUACGUUUCAUGUGACUUUAUGACGACAGUUUACGGAGAAAAUCAACAAGUCAGAAUAGGUGAGCAGCUACAGCCUCUCUUUUCUCUGGAAACAGCCAAGAGGGAGGGAGGAGUUUAAACAAAGGCCCUCUCCACAUAAAAAAAAAUGGAGGCUUGUGCAGAGAAGCCAUGGUGUCCUGCUCCUCACAGUCUACAAGCUGCCAUUUCCACUUCUAGAGCCUUCAAAUGAGACCUUGACCGCCUGAUUCUACACUUGGAAGCCUAAAAACACUGUCACGUGGGGUUUUGCUGCCCCUGCCUGCACUGAACAAAGAUAAUUACUCAGGAAACAUUUUGGCCAAUCAGACGCAGCCUUGUAUCCUGCCUGUGAGGAGAGCGACCAGUCAGGAUCUUGCUAACAUCACUGGGGCCUGAUCGCCUUGCCUGAAGAGCGGAGCCUUCCCCGGCUGAGGGCUGAGAGUGUCCUCCAUGUUUUAUAAGUGUUGACAUAACAGUGUGUCAGGCAGCCAUGCAUCCACAGAGGGUCACAUGGGUGCCCCAGACAACCAGGCUGCCAUACAGGAGACAGAGUGGACCAUGGCAAAUCCUUUUCCUUUUUUAUAAUGCAAAAGAGAGUUAGAUUUAGAAAUGGCACCCACAUCUCCUUUCUGUUGUGGCAGUCUUGUGUUGUAGCCUGGCAGAGAAAGAAUGGGGGAUGGGCAGUGGAGUAGGAAAGGGGGGUAUUAUGUACCCUUUGUAACUGGACUGGCUCUGUGCUGUUUUCUUGUGUCAUGCCAGGCCGGGGAAUAGACGUGGGAGGCAACAGAUGUGCUUGUUAGGAGGACAUGUAGUGCAGAGCAUAACUGACUACUGUUUUUUAGUCUAAUAUUCUUAUAUAUCUACAUGCAGAUACACUACAUAUUAAAAAUGUAUGAGUUGGUAAACAUUUAAAACUACAACCAUACUGAAGAUGGAGUUUCUACGCUCCAUGUUCGUCAGAGGAUGAGCCCACAUGAAACAAUACUCCUCAAAUUAUUCCAGUCUUAAUCUUUAGGAAUAAUAUGUUGAGACACAGCUUGCCUCUGUUUACAACUACGGGCCUCAAGUUUACAGCCCGAGGCUUCGUUGACUCUGCUGUGUAACUGCUUCCUCCACUGUCUUUUCCUCACACACAGACAGUGGCCAUUUUGUGUUGUGUGAGAGCUCUUCUCUUCACAGAUGAGACAGUAGGACGGAGAAACAACACGAGACGUUACAUGUUUUUACAGGACGGUCUGGCUGAGGAGGAGGUAAAGACAGAGUCUGAUGUGGUAGAGGGGAUGGAUGCAUCUGUGCGAUCCAAAGUCCCUGAUCCACCAGGGUCAGCAGAAAGACCAGUGGCACCACAGAAAAGAAAAGUGUCCAGUCCAACCCAUUCUUCCAAUGGACACUCUCCUCCAGACACCUCCCCCAGCCCGCUUAAGAAAAAAAAGAAACCAGGGGCCGUCAACUGUAACAGCAAAGACCAGUCAGAGCUAAGACAUGGUCCCUUUUACUAUAUGAAGCAGCCAGCACUCACCACAGACCCUGUUGAUGUUGUACCGCAGGACGGCAGGAAUGACUUCUACUGCUGGCUGUGCCACCGCGAGGGCCAGGUGCUCUGCUGUGAGCUCUGCCCCAGGGUGUACCACGCCAAGUGCCUCAAACUACCAGCUGAGCCCGAGGGCGACUGGUUCUGUCCAGAGUGUGAGAAAAUAACAGUUGCUGAAUGCAUUGAAACCCAGAGCAAGGCAAUGACAAUGCUGACAAUAGACCAGCUCUCCUACUUGCUCAAAUUCGCACUCCAAAAGAUUAAACAGCCUGGGACUGAGCCUUUUCAGAAGCCUGUGUCUCUGGAACAGCACCCAGAUUACGCAGAGUACAUCUUCCACCCCAUGGACCUUUGUACUUUAGAGAAGAAUAUCAAAAAGAAAAUGUAUGGCUGCACUGAAGCCUUUCUAGCUGAUAUGAAAUGGAUCUUACACAACUGCAUCAUCUAUAAUGGAGGUAAUCACAAAUUAACAGCAACUGCGAAAGUCAUCGUCAAAAUUUGUGAACACGAGAUGAAUGAGAUUGAGGUGUGUCCAGAGUGCUACCUGUCUUCAUGCCAAAAAAGGGACAACUGGUUUUGUGAGCCAUGUAGUCAACCUCACCCCCUGGUCUGGGCUAAGCUAAAGGGCUUUCCCUUCUGGCCAGCAAAAGCACUUCGGGAAAAAGACGGACAGGUAGACGCACGCUUCUUUGGACAACAUGACAGAGCCUGGGUCCCCAUCAACAACUGCUACCUCAUGUCCAAAGAGAUCCCUUUCUCUGUAAAGAAAACAAAGAGCAUUUUCAACAGUGCCAUGCAAGAGAUGGAAGUCUAUGUGGAAAACAUUCGCAAGAAAUUUGGUGUCUUCAACUAUGCACCCUUCCGCACCCCCUACACACCCAAUAACCAACUACAGAUGCUACUGGACCCCUCUAACCCGAGCGCCGGGACGGUGAAAACAGAAAAAACAGAUAAACUUCGCUUCAACUUUGAUAUAACUGCAUCUCCGAAGAUGGUCCUCAGCAAGAGUUCCACGCCCAGUGGCAUGAGUCGGAGGGUCUCCAUGACAGACAUGCCUCGGUCUCCCAUGAGCACCAACUCCUCGGUUCACACAGGGUCUGAUGGGGAGCAGGAUAUGGAGAAGGCGAGCAGGAAUCCUGGCUUCCACUACAGCACUGGAGAGGAGUCAAUGGACUGUACUGCAUCUCCUGUCUCAGGGAAGAUGGGUCCUACAGGCAGUGUGGCAGGCAGCCCGAAGCCCUUUAACCCUGGACUGGUGCCCAAGCAGGAGAGGACUGCAGGAACAGGUGGCAUCCUCAAUCUCAACCUGGAUCGGGUGAAGGCUGAGAUGGAUCUGAAGGAGCUGAGUGAAACCGUGCAACAACAACAGCAGCAAAAUCAGCAACAGCAGGGAGGGUCAGCAGCCCUCACUACCCCAAAGAGACCUAUCAGGAGCCUGGACAAGACUAUUGAGAGCUGCAAGGCACAGCUUGGGAUAGAUGAGAUUUCUGAAGAUGUGUAUAAAGGUGUGGAUCACAGUGACUCAGAGGACUCAGAGAAAUCUGACUCAAGCGACAGUGAGUAUCUCAGUGACGAGGAACACAAGCCAAAGAGCUCAACGCAGGAUGACAAAGACAAAACCGAGAGAAAAAGGCCCAAAGCGAGCACGGAAGGAGAUAAUAAGGAGGGAGUAACAGGGACGGUGGAUAAAGCCACCCCUGAACCUCUGUUUAAAGACAAGCAGGGCACCAACGGCCCAGAUAGGGAUCUCCAAGACAAGCCCAGAACGCCCCAGUCUCAGCCCCUGACAGACAAGGCCAAAGCCCCAGAGGAGGGCAGAGCUGCUGCCACAUCAGUGGCUGAACAAGACUCUGAUUCUGAAAGAGAGCUGGUGAUAGACCUGGGGGACGAACAUGGAGGUCGUGACUCAAAGAGGGCGAGACGAGAACCUGCCUCUGCUACCAAAACUCCCAAAGAUUCCAGUGUUGCUAAGUUGGAAGGUAAAGUGCCUUCAUCUGCAGCAUCAGCCGCACCAUCACGGGAAGCCGCCUCUAACCUGAAAGACUCUUUGCAACCCGCCAUCACAGCAGCCCUCAACCUCGUCUCCACUGCAGCUUCUGCUCAAGCCAGUGGCACGACAGCCAGCAGUGGAUCCACCAGUGCUCACUCUCCUGCCUCCACUUCCGUAUCCACAUCAUCCCCAGCACCUACAGCUGUAAAGAAACAGCGCCCUCUACUGCCUAAAGAGACAGCUCAGGCCGUGCAGCAGGCGGUGGUAUGGAAUCCGACCAAAUUUCAGACGUCCUCUCAGAAGUGGCACAUGCAGAAGGUGCAGAGGCAGCAGCAGCAUGGAGAGCAGUCGGCAGCGCAGACGCAAACCCAGAGUCAGGGACAGACACGCAGCCCACAGCAGCUGCAGUCGCAACAGCAGAACUCCUCAAGUACCCGCUAUCAGACCAGACAAUCCGUCAAGGUACAAAAGGACAUGCCUCCAAAUACGUCCUCAUCAACGGCUGCCCAGGUCACAUCUGGUAGCUCCUCUUCUUUCAUGUCAGGAGACUUACAGAUCCCCACAGUCUCAGCAGAUGUGGCUGCAGAUAUAGCCAAGUACACAAACAAAAUCAUGGACACAAUAAAAGGGACAAUGACUGAAAUCUACAACGACCUUUCCAAAAGCACAUCAGGAAACACAAUUGCAGAGAUCCGACGGUUAAGGAUAGAGAUUGAGAAGCUCCAGUGGCUGCAUCAACAAGAGUUGUCAGAGAUGAAGCACAAUCUUGAACUGACAAUGGCAGAGAUGAGGCAGAGUCUGGAGCAGGAACGAGAACGGUUGGUGGCUGAGGUGAAAAAGCAGACAGAGUCAGAAAAGCAGCAGGCGGUGGACGAGACCAAAAAGAAACAGUGGUGCGCUAACUGCAGGAAGGAGGCCAUCUUCUACUGCUGCUGGAAUACAAGUUACUGUGAUUACCCCUGCCAGCAAGCCCACUGGCCAGAACACAUGAAGUCCUGCACACAGUCAGCCACAGCUUCGCAGCAGGAGUCAGAAGCAGAGCCUAACUCGGAGUCUUCGGUCAAAUCAACAGGCCACUCUCCUGCAACACAGACCCUGCCCUCAGCAGCAGGAUCCAUAUCAGACAAAAGCAACUCACCCACAUACAUAGACAAGAGCAAGGACAGUGCUGGGGUUACUGUGACCUAACUGCUACACUACGGAUACUCUUGCACAUUUUGCAAGGCUGUUGGGCUUGUCAAACUUAAAGCUUGAAGGCCUGAACCUCUGUGACAAAUCAUUUAGAUUUUUUUUUUCCCAUUCCCAUAUGUACAUCUGCGCUUCAUGGACAUUUUUUGCUUCAUCUCUCACAGUUUCCACAAGUCUGUGUUUAAGGUGGAUUCACCAUGUGAAAGUAGUCUGUCUUGGGAAAUGAAAUGUGAGUCUGUAUGUUUUCAUACUGUAGUUUUGUUAUAGCUCUGUUACCACUUUGUUUCAAGUCUGAGCACAAUUUUAUCAACUCAGAACAUUUGCUUCAUUAACACUUUCAAUGCUGCUCUUAAGUACUUCAUGGCUGUUUUUAUCAUAUUAUGAGACAAAAUGUAAACAACAAACCAUCAACAGAUGAAACUCAUUCAUCAUGGUGCCAUGAGAGGUAUUUUGAGUUAUGCAAGUUUCAUCUUUAUGUUUGAAAACAUGUCCGUGUCAUGUCAUCUGAGGUAUUUUGAGUAUAGCAAGUUUCAACAUCAUCACUUCAUCUAUGUCUUCUUCAUGUCAGUGGCGGCAUUUUUGGCUCAUACCAGUUUUGUAUUGUAGUUUUCACAUUGUAUAGACCUACAUAAAAAAACAAAGAAAAAAACAACAACAAAAUAAAUGUGAUUUAUUAAAAAGAACUAAAAAAUAUAAACUGUACAAAGUUUUUGUAAGAAAAUACCUGAACAAUAUUUAUAGUGUUAUAUGUUUUUAUAGUAUGUUUAAUGAAAUCACAUUUCUAUGUGUCUAAACAAAGUUAUUUGAAAAAUAAAUUACUUCUCAUGAAUGUCAGCUCUGAGCAAAGUCUCUCUUAAACCGGUUAUCCAAAGCUGAUGUAACCGAACUGAGUAGGCAUAAAUAGAAUCUGCAUUUUGGCUGGAUAUUAUUUCCUGUGAGCAUGUCUGUUUUGAGCUUGUGUCUCGUUUGUGUUUACAUAUUGUACAUACAAUAAAUGGACUCGUGAAGAAAAAAUAAAAAUGCUCUGAUCAAAUGAA